UUUUUUUUUACUUUAUCUUCUCUUAUUCUUACAUUAUCUUUUCAAAUGGCUAAUCUUCCUGAUUUUAUGACUAAUCCUAAUGCUGUCUUAAAUGACACUGAACAUGAAUGGCGUUAUAAUCGUGUACCUGAUUAUAAAAAAGUCAAUGAAACUUUUGAUCUCGAAAAAACUGUGACUCAUGAAGAAGGUUCUCUGGGUUGGUUAGUAUCCAAUCUUGUGAAGAACUGGGAAAAAGAAAUGUCAUAUAAACUUCGUGCUGAUCAAAUUCGUACCAUUAAUCCUGAAAAGUAUAAAUUUUCAGUGAAUGGUCAUGAAUGGCAUACUGUGGAAGAAAUGCUUAAGAUUGGUACUUAUAAUGCUCUUAUUGGCGAUACAGAACUUUAUAAAGCUAGUGAAUUGGAUUUUAGUGAAUCUCAUAAAUUAUUCAAACGUUGUCUUCGUACUUUUUCAUGGGAAGUACUUGAAGUUUAUAGUGGUCCUCCUGUUGUUGCUUUCAAAUGGCGUCAUUGGGGUCUGAUGACUGGUGAUUUGAAUGUAAAUCUUGGAAAUGGUAAGAAAUUAGAAGCACCUGCAUCCAAUGAAGUGGUUCAAAGCUUUGGUGUAACUGUCGCCCAUGUCAAUGACAAAUUCCAAAUCGAGAAGCUUGAAACUUUCUAUGAUCCUAACGAUUUGAUGAUGCAAUUAUCCAAGAAUAAGAAGAAAGAAGGUGAAAAGACUGAUGCUACCGGUGGCAAAUGUCCUUUCAUUCCAUAAGUUAGUUGAUUUCCUCUUGAAUUCAUCAAUAAAAUUAUUCUGGUUUUUUUUUU